CCUUAUGGAAGAAAGAAGAAGAAAAACAAGGAAACAGGACGUUCGCUGAAUUACUGUCAACCAAGAAAAUGGACACACGGUUCACUCGGGGGAAAUCCAGCAUCUUAGAGCGGCCCCUGACACGACCUAAGACUGAGGUCAGUGUGAGCGCCUUUGCCCUCCUUUUCUCAGAGAUGGUCCAGUACUGUCAGAGCCGCGUCUACUCUGUGUCCGAGCUGCAGACGCGCCUGGCGGACAUGGGCCAGAGUGUAGGAGCCAGCAUGCUGGACGUGCUGGUGCUGAGGGAGAAGAAUGGAAAGAGGGAGACCAAAGUCCUGAACAUGCUGCUCUUCAUCAAGGUCAACGUGUGGAAGUCUUUGUUUGGGAAGGAGGCUGACAAGCUGGAGCAGGCCAAUGAUGACGACAAGACUUACUACAUCAUAGAGAAGGAGCCACUAAUCAACGCCUACAUAUCUGUGCCGAAAGAGAACAGCAGCCUGAACUGCGCUGCUUUUACUGCUGGCAUCGUGGAAGCCAUCCUCACACACAGCGGCUUCCCUGCCAAGGUCACUGCCCACUGGCACAAAGGCACCACACUCAUGAUUAAGUUUAACGAGUCGGUCAUCGCCAGGGACAAGGCUUUGGAUGGCAGAUAAAUAAAAAGACUUUAGAGACUGCCCCUUUUUUUAAAAAAUCCAUACAGGAUGAGGAUAAAUCAUCCAGUUCCAGGCUUGUGUUAAUAUAUGAAGUAACUGUGACUGAAUGUCUUUGUGGAAACUAAUGCAAGAAUGGAUGUGCUGAGCCACAGAAAAAGAUGCAGCUGGUUUGUUCAAAAUUGCAGGAUGUAUGGGUUUUUUCAAACAUGUUGUACAUUAACGGGUGUGUUUUCCAAAAAUUACUUUUAAAUGUCAUGGUAAUUCAUUACUUGCAGUGAUGCAUCGUUGUGGAGCUGUGUGUAAUGUACGUUGAUCCUCGCUCUCUCCCUCAUGAAACACAUUUACCCGUCAGCUCCAGAAUUCCUACUGCAAUGGUGCAACUGACACAGAAUUGUCAUGAUUUAUCAGACUCUGCAGGCAGGAAGAACCUGACAUGACACUUUCUGGUGCACAUGAGAGCAUGCAGCAUAGAAUUUCCUGUCAAUGAUGUCAUCUCGAUCUUACACACUCCUUUUAUGUGACCAGGAAAACAGCUCAGUUGCACUGUUAUUUGACUUUGAGAAUCAAUUAGCAGCAUAAAAAAACAGAUUAGAUAGUCGUAGCACUUGUGAGUUGCAGCAAUUGACUCAAACUGGAUUGAAUGUGGAACAGUCAUUGAUUUUUUUCUCAAUGGUCACCAAUGAUUUGUAAAAACAAACAAACAAAAAAUACUGUAUUUUACAGUUAAAUAUCCAGACUAAGGUUUGUUUUCAAUUUAACAAGACUGUAAUUGAAUAGUCCAUUAAACAAAUCCUAAUGAAUGAUGUAAAAAUACAAGGAAUAGAAAAAUAUGUUCAUUGUAAUCGUCCAAACUGUAUGGAGCUCUGUCCCAUGGUAAGAAAAGCUACUUAAAGACCCUCUAAUGUUUAUCUACUCUAUCAUCCCUCAUUGUUUAAGGACACAUGGUUACACUGGGAGUCAGAACAGUUUCAGAGGUUAUGGGUGCGUUUUAGGGGCUUUGGACCUCAAUAUAUCAGGAUACAGCCCUGCUCAUAAUGUGUUCUUGUACUUGUAUUAUCAGUACCACUGUUGAUCUUGAAUAAAACUGUUGGAAAAAAUA